ACUAUGGACAACUUAUGGAACUCAUUACAAUCCUGAAAUAUUUCAAGAUCCAAUGAGUUUUGAUCCAACAAGAUUUGAUAAGCCAAUACAAGCGUAUACAUAUCUUCCAUUUGGAGGUGGACCAAGGCUUUGUGCAGGUCACCAACUAGCAAAAAUCAGCAUUCUCGUUUUCUUGCAUUUCGUCAUGACCAAUUACGAUUGGUCCUUAGUUUACCCAGAUGAGACAAUCAGCAUGGAUCCUCUCCCAUUUCCGACCCUUGGAAUGCCAAUCAAAAUCUCUUCCAAGGAGUCAUAGAAUAGACAUGAGUAUGUAUGUUAUACCCUGUGUAUGUAUGCAAUCUUCAAAGUCCACCACAAGUGCUAGACUUGUAUUGACUCUUUUUAUUUCAGUGUAACUAGCACAAGUACCAUAUGUGUAUGUAUAAAUGCUUUUGCUAAGCGAGAAUCCUUCUUACGAAUUUUAUGGAUCCUUAACGCACUGCAUCAUAUCAGAUAGCAAAUAAUGAUGUACAGGCUUUAAACCUCUUCUCAACCAACGGUUCAACAAGAUCAUCUCUAAGUUCCACUACAUAUCUGAUCCAAUCUGCUUGUCCACACGAAAAUUUGUUUCUAAAGUUGCUCAAGUCUUGUUUUCACAUUGAACCAACCAGUCAAAAACAAAAAGUGUGAAUGUUUCUUCCUUUAUUCCAUCAGCCAUUCCUUUUCAUCUCUCAACUACUCUUCAAAGUUUUCAUCAUAAGAUUUUCUUUUUCUCUUCUUUAUCUUCUUUGUUUGGUUUUACUUUUCAACUUAUAGUUUUGAACUAUAACAAUGCAACUAAUAUAUGAAGCAGCCUUCAAGAUAUAUUGAGUCCGUGAACGGAGUCCAUACCGUAGCAGCUCAAAGUAGAACAAAAGAUAGAGAAAGAGGAAACAUACCAAAAGAAGAAUGGAAAAGGUAGGUGAAGAUGAGGAGAGGACCACUGAAGAAGCAAACGAUUCAAUUGACGAGACGAGGAGUGAUAAGGAAGCUGAAAAUAUCAGAGGUACAGCUGCUGAUCAAGUUGAUCCAGUAGAUUCUAAAGAAGGCUCCACGGGUCCAUCUAACGCACACACUGUCGCCUCUAUUGAUCCUGAUUUCAAUGAAUCUGAUACGGAGGACGAAGAGAAGGUUCUCGCGUUUUUCAGACGUCAUAGUGGUUUGAUACCUGAGGUCACCGAGCGAAACAACUUCCCAUCCAUGAACAAGUCUGAAAAGAUGAUACUUCAGUUCCAAGAAGACAAUCCUACAGAAACAGAACAAACAAGUUUAGUGUUCCACAGUUUGAAAGAUAGCAGUGAGAUUUCCGAUAUUGGUGAAGUCAAUCUGAAUUCACAGGAAGUAGUAGAAGGAAAGUCAUCAUCAGCUUCAAGUGAGGAUAUCGAUGAUGAAUCAUCCAGUAACUCAGACCUUGAUUCCAGCCUUUCCAAGUAUUAUUUUGAUGGGUCCUUACCGGUUUCGACUUAUGUCGAAGAAUUUGAUACCCAUCAAGAUGAAUCUACUGUACCUAAAGAUGAAAAUCAGAUGCCUCUACUGCGUCGUAAGCACCCCAUGCAGCAACUAACUUCGUGGAAGAAUUGUUGUGGACUCCUUCAGCUUCUCCGGGCAGCUAAUCCAUAAUAUUCAGACACCAAAAAAAGUUGACCCAGAGAAAACCAAGAUUCUGCAAUGAAUAGAUCUAUGCAGAAUAUAAGGAAUAAACGGAAUAAGCACUACACCCUAGAGGCCAGAGCGACAUAUUCAUAGCAGAUAGAGAUAUGACACAGUUGUUCUAGUACUCAUCACAUCAUGGUUUCUAUUAGCAAGUUGCUCUUGUUCUUCAUUUUCUUAAGUUUCUAAGCAAUGGCUAGAAUGUGUGUAAGUGUAACGAAGCACUGUCAAGCAAUCUAGCAACAAGUGUCUCUUUGUUAUUCAUUCAACAGAAAUACAGCAAACUGAUGACAA